UCGCAAUAGCGGAUCAGAAAAUUUGGGCGUGGUAGUUCAGAGUGUUUUUUUCCCCCUUUUUUCAUUGUUUAAUCAAGGUAGGAUAUUAGGCAGCAUAGUAGCAAGGGUUUGGUGGCGCAACCCAUCGUCCCGUUCCAAAGGGGACGCUUAUAACAUCCAUCCACCCAUCCCAUCCACUAACUCGCUAACUCUAUGGCUUGCCAUGUGAGCCAUGUGACCAUGUCGCGCGUUCUAUGGCGCGUAUUGCGGUGUGCGGUUGGACGCUGUAUUUGACGCUUCUUUAUCGUUUUUGCGCGGUUGACAUCGCGCACAGGUGACCAUGUUCACAAAGGCGGAGUAUGAGCGCUAUUCACUUGUGUGGGCACAGGAGGAAGCACAGAAGAAGGCGCUACUGAAGGAGCUUCUGCAAUCGGCCCAAGCACCUGGCCAAAUGCAGGUGACUGGCAAAAAGAAGAAGAAAAAGGGAAAAGCGAAGCAAGGCCAAGGUUCCGUGAGCACGCUGAGCGCCAUCGAACACUCCGAGUACAUGUACUUGCUACAGUGCUAUCAGCAGCGUGUUGUCACCAACCCUUCGCUUCAGGAGCAGCAAGACAUCAUUCGCUUGGCCGAGUUGCAGACCCGAGUAGUGGCUGAACAGCAGGAAUUCCUCCGGCAGUGGCCAUGGGUGCCUGGCAGACGUCCUGAGACGUUUGCGAAAGGCAUUGAUUCCUGGGGCCAGAGGCAGCUGGCGGAAUUGAAGUACAGGUGGCCCAGAGAGCCCUGGGUACCAGUGGACAACGUCGAGAAGGUGUCGCUGCUCAAGGCCACACGAGUGUCGCCACUUUUUCUGAGGCACGUUGGAUGCAAGGCCGGCACUGUAGUACAGCCUAAGCCGGGCUGUGCACUCUUGGAAUUACUAGCACCGCAAGACAAGUUUCCUACGGUGAAAAGUGAAGAGGAGGACGAGGAGGAAGGUCACGUAGCAGAGGACGAUGCUGGGGAUGUGCUUGCUCGUGAACACAAAGCCAUCCUGCUAGUUGACUUGGAGACACUGCUGCUUGACUGGCAAGGGUCUCCCUGGCUACUGCCUCUCCGAAUAGCAGACAGUGGCCUGGUCUGCCUUGGGACUGUGCUGCCAUCUGGGGCUGUGCGUGAUUGGAAUGAACGUUUCUUCAACUCGCUUGUAUACAAGUGGAUGGAAGACCACCAGAUGAUGGAGGUUGUGCCAAGGGCAGGAGCUGAAGAGUCUGUAAACCAGGUAACAGCACAGUCAGCAAAGUGCUCAGUAGAAACUGGAGUGGAACAUCCAGCAGAGCAACCCUCAAAGCAGCUGAAGGAACUGCGACUAGGGCAGCCAACAGAACAGCCGGUGGAGCCGCCACUGAAGAGGCCAGAUGUGCAGCCGGCAGAAAAGAAAGCUGAACAGCUCACAGGAUGUCCUGCAGUACUGCCAGUAGAGCGCCCAGUGAAAGAGAUGGCAGAGCAGCCAUCAAAGGACAUAGAGCUGGAGUCCCCUGCAUCACCGUGCCAGGAUUUGUACAUUUGCAGCAGUCCCAGCAGCAGCGAAGAGCUCGUUAUUGACGAGGGAUUGAUAGGAUCUCCUUCACCGUCACCCACUCCAGUGGCUGCUUCUGACAACGCUGCACCGGAAGAUGCGGGUUUUUCGUGUCCACAAGGAGACGUGUGGUACGACCUGUGGGAGCUGACACCUGGUGGGAAACGUGUGCUGCUGCGGCAUCAGGCAUGGAAUGACACCGAUGGACAGCUGUGCACGGUGAUGGUCAAGUCCGAGUACCAGUCGCUACUUGGGGCAGAGGCUCUUAGCGCACUUGAGCAGAUCCAGCAGAUGGCACGGCUGUCACUUUUUCCCCGAUUGCUGAGAGUGAGAGUGGAAGUGCAGAGCGGCCAUGUCUUGCUCGUGGAGGAAGUCAAGAGUGAACCUGACCACAAGGAUCUCAGGCUCAGCGCCCUCUUUGGCCCAAUAAGUGCACUGGCUGACCAACUGCAUGGGUUGGCACCAGGAACAUACCUGCUGACUCAUGAGGCAGGCGAGGCCCAUGCUCAGCUGUUGACACCUGGAACAGGGGAUGGAUGGGAUUUGCAUGCCGAGCUAGAUCGUCGUGCCCCACAGAGGCCUUCUGCCACAGCCUUGAGCAAAGCCCACGCUUCACCGUGGCCAGUGCCACCACUGGACCCGGAAGUGCUUUUCCCGGACCACUUCCAGCGGGGACGUGUCCCGCUCACGUUCCCACCUCGUCAAUUCGAGGCAGCAGCACAGCUUGCUGCAAGUCCGCAAGAGCCAUCCUGGAGUACAGCCGGCCCCUCGCGCAAGGUGGACACGUCAGCCCCUAAGAGCACCAUGCUUCUGCGUAGCGGCAACAUUGUCUCACCCCCCAAGAACCCCAUCCGCCGUGGCAUGUUUCGUGGCAGAGGCCGUCCACGCAACGUGCCAGCCACACGCGGCGCAUUGUGAUCAAUGGUCAGACAACAUCCAGCAUGGUUGGACACUUUUUCAUGUUGAAGGACGUUGACCAAAAAGAGUAGCGUGAGGAAAUGUUGAGAGAUAUGUGCUAACUAGGCAGAGAGAGAGAGAGAGAAAUUCAUUUAAGAAGCAGAUGAAGAUGAUCGUCACCAGGUGGCGACAUCCUUAGUGAAAAAAAAAAAAGAAACAAUGGAGCUAUGCAUUGUUUUUUGUUGUUGAAGUGAACAAAGUUUGCUUGUGGGAGCUGAAACACCUUUUGACACUUCUCACGUUUUUGGUUAGCGUCCUGCUUGUCUUAAUGCACUGCAUUUGGCCAUUCAGGUCUUUUCUGCUGCCGCCGUAGUGCGGCGAGUACAUCCGUGGUCCGAGUACAUGUACUUCUUGCACAAACUGAAACAUGAGCGACACAAAAUAAAUUAAAGUGUGUUUUUGUAUAUUUAUGCAUCUGA